AGAUAUUACCAUAGUAGCUUACGAUGAGAGCAUUGAAGGGGGACAUUGGUUCAACAACCCCCUCUAUGAUGAUGAAGGACGAUGAAGACGGUGGACAUGCCACCGCCUCAAACUAGCUGAUCUAAUUUUUUAUUUUUUAUUUCCAACCAGCUGUGCGAUCGAACGCUUUAACUUACUUGCUUUAGUUCAACCGAUUAUUGCCUUUUUUUUAAUGUCCUACGGCCUCUUUGGACCACGAGAGCCGAUUGCGGAAAAUUUAAAAUAAUAAUAUGACCGUUGCACCCGCUAUAAUUCCCGACAAAAUUCCCCCACUGCCCCCCCAAUUUCCCUCCAAUCCCCGAACCCUUCUUCUCCAGCAAUGCAAGAGCGUUCGCGACCUCCGCCAAGUUCAUGCCCACAUCAUCAAAACUGGUUCUUCCCUCCACCACUCUACCGCCGAGAACCUACUCGAAUGCUCCGCUCUUCUCAUCCCCAGCGCCAUGGAUUACGCCCUCAAGCUGUUCGACGAAAUGCCCCAACCCCACACCGAGGCUUUCAACAUCAUGAUCCGCGCCUUCAUCCUCACACGCUCCCCUACCAAUGCCGUAUAUCUUUUCCUCCGCAUGCUCGCUGCCUCCAUCAAUCCUGACAAGCACACCUUCUCCUGCAUCCUCAAGGCUUGUUCCCGCUUGAACUCACUUGAAAUUGGGAAGCAGGUGCAUGCCUAUGCUGUCAAGUGUGGGCUCGGAUGUGAAGAGUUUGUUCUCAAUAGCUUGAUACAUAUGUAUGCGAGCUGUGGAGAUGUUUGGAGUGGUCGCAACCUGUUUGAUAAAAUGCCUGAAAGAGGAAUUGUGACAUGGAAUGCCAUGUUUGCAGGGUAUUUCAAGGUUGAGAGCUGGCAAGAACUUGUAGCUUUGUUUCGUGACAUGCUGAUGUUGGGAGCAGAGUUUGACGAGGUCACAUUGAUUACGGUUUUAACUGCUUGCGGAAGGCUUGGGAUCUUGGAUUUGGGGCAGUGGAUUGAGGGUUAUGUACAAGAAAAUGGGCUUAAGAGUAAUCAAAAUCUAGUUACUUCACUUGUUGACAUGUAUGCAAAGUGUGGCCAGGUAGAUAAAGCUAGGAAUUUGUUCGAUGAAAUGGUAUUCCGAGAUGUCGUUGCUUGGAGUGCGAUGAUUUCCGGUUAUAGCCAGUGGAAUAGAUGCAGGGAAGCUCUCGAGCUCUUCCAUGAUAUGCAGAGAGCGGGAGUGGAACCCAAUGAAGUGACAAUGGUGAGUGUUCUAUCUUCUUGUGCUGUUCUUGGAGCUCUUGAGACAGGCAAAUGGGUGCAUUCCUAUGUUAGGAGAAAGCAGUUGAAGAUGACUGUAAAUCUGGGCACUGCACUUGUGGAUUUUUAUGCCAAAUGUGGAUUUAUCCUAAAUGCUUUGGAAACCUUUGCUAAGAUACCGCAGAAGAAUGCGUGGUCGUGGACUGUAAUUAUCCAGGGUUUAGCUAGCAAUGGGCAAGGAGAAGAGGCAUUGAGGUUCUUCUCUUUGAUGCUAGAAGCAGAUUUCCAACCAAAUUACCUAACCUUCAUAGCAGUGCUCUCUGCUUGCAGUCAUGCAGGACUAGUUGAUGAAGGAAAGCACUUCUUCCACAGAAUGAGCUGCAUUUAUGACAUCGAACCUAGGAUCGAACAUUACGGUAUCAUGGUCGAUAUCUUCGGGCGAUCUGGUAUGAUACAAGAAGCAUAUAAUUUUGUGAUUGAAAUGCCUAUAAAGCCCAAUGCUAUCAUAUGGAGGACCUUGUUAGCUUCAUGUAAGAUCCAUAAGAAUGUGGAGAUUGGAGAGGAAUCUUUGAAGCAAUUGGUGAAGCUGGAGCCAAGGCACAGUGGGGAUUACAUACUCCUUUCCAACAUCUAUGCAUCGGCUGGUCGAUUAGAUGAUGCAUUUACAUUAAGAAAUCAAAUGAAGGAGAAAGGCAUCAAGAAAACUCCUGGUUGCAGCUCCAUUGAAGUGGAUGGUGUGAUGCAUGAGUUCUUUGCAGAAGAUAGCGCACAUCCUCUAUCAAUGGAGAUAUAUGAUAAAGUUGAUGAAAUGAUGAUAAGAAUUAAGGAAGCUGGUUAUCUGCCUGACAUAGCAGAGGCAAGAUUAGAUGCAGAAGAGGAUGAGAAAGAAGUGUCUGUCUCACAUCACAGCGAGAAGUUAGCCAUUGCCUUUGGGCUUAUCGGAUCACCGCCGCGAGCUGCAAUCAGAGUCUCGAAGAAUCUGAGAGUUUGCAGGGAUUGUCACUUGGCAACCAAGCUGAUCUCCAAGGUUUAUGAAAGGGAAAUUGUUGUGAGAGAUAGAAGCAGAUUCCAUCACUUUAAAGAUGGCUCUUGCUCCUGCAAUGAUUACUGGUAACUUCCCUAUGAUUUGUGGAAUAUUGCUAAAUAUUGCCAAACUUUUACAGUAUACAUAGUGGAGAUCAUUCACUAUGAACUUUUAAAAGAGUGGUGGCAUUUUGUCCUUUAAUCUGUCUUAUUUUCAAAUUAAUGACAUAUUAAGAUUUGUAUUAAUGGAUA